GAAAGACAAGUCUAGAACCCUGCAUUACGAUUCAGCUUCAAAGAAAGGGAUCGCCGGCGGCACCUUCCGAAUGCGGAGAUACACCUUCCUCAACCACUUUCUCGGGGAAUAAAGUCCGAGCACAAUUCAUUGGAAAAUUAAUUUUUCGGUGAAUUCACUUCCUGCUCUUAAUUUUUCCACCCCUCGCUUGUGGAUAUUGUUUACCCUUCCGUCUAUAGGGUUUUGAUGACUUAGUUUUGUUUUUAAAGUCAUUGAUUGGUAGGGUGUGGAAACUAGAAAUGUGACUGUUUUCGAUAUUUGAAUUGUUGGUGCUGAUCUACGACCUGCAGUUUCGGUGCCUUUGUUCGGAUUUUCAGGUGACGGAGCUCGCGUGUCGUUUGGGGUUAAAAAUGGGGUUUAACUUGGUGCACUGAUGUCAUUGUUCUGGCUUGUGAUUCGUCAACUAGCAGAAAUCGAGGCAAUGGCUGCGAAUAAGAAAGUCAUAACAAGAGAAGAAUGGGAGAAAAAGCUUAAUGAUGUGAAGAUUAGAAAGGAAGACAUGAAUAAAUUGGUAAUGAAUUUCCUCGUUACAGAAGGCUACGUUGAAGCUGCUGAGAAAUUUCGAAUGGAGUCUGGAACUGAACCAGAUAUAGAUCUUGCAACAAUAACGGAUCGCAUGGCUGUUAAGAAGGCAGUACAAAGUGGUAACGUCGAGGAUGCAAUUGAGAAAGUGAAUGAUUUAAAUCCAGAGAUACUGGACACAAAUCCCCAAUUAUUUUUCCAUCUUCAACAGCAGCGAUUGAUAGAACUGAUUCGGAAUGGAAAAGUAGAAGAGGCACUAGAGUUUGCUCAAGAGGAGCUUGCACCAAGGGGAGAGGAAAAUCAAAGCUUUUUGGAAGAGUUGGAGAGGACUGUUGCACUGUUGGCAUUUGAAGAUGUUUCUAACUGUCCUGUUGGGGACUUGCUUGACAUAUCACAGCGUUUAAAGACAGCAAGUGAGGUCAAUGCAGCCAUACUUACUAGUCAAAGUCACGAAAAAGACCCAAAACUUCCGAGCUUGCUGAAGAUGCUGCAAUGGGCCCAAAACCAACUGGAUGAGAAAGCUGCAUAUCCACGUAUAAAUGAUUUAUCCACCGCCAUAUUAGAAGAUUCUGCUGUUUGAAUACUUGUAACAUUUCAAUUUCAAAUUGGGGAUUUAGGGUCUAGAUGAAGAUAUUGCGGCCAUUGGCAUUAAAAAUUGUGUAUGUACUUUAAUCGAAAGAUAUUUGUUGAAUUCGAUAUCCAUUUCCUCAUAGAUAGUUCUUCCGGUGAUUUUAUACUCUCCUGUACAAAAAGAUUGUCAAUACAGUCAACAAUUCUUUUCUUAAAUGACAGAUUGUUAAGGUUUUGUUGUUGCA